CACUUAUUAAAAAGCUAUUGUGUUGUACAUAAUUAUACUCAAGCUAUUGCAUGCUGUAACAACAGCUCUGCUUUAAAUAUAAGUGGAUCACUACCUUUGCUACUCUUUAACAUUAUUACUAGUACUUAUCUGCAAGCUGCAAAAUCAAUACAAGAUGGCCAGUGGCGGUAAACCAGCCAACAAAAGCAAGGGUCUUGGUUUUGACCUGUCUAAACCCAUCAAGCACGGCCCCCUGCUCAAGCAAGGAGCUCUCCGCAGAGCCUUCAAAAACAGGUUCUUUGUGCUCUACCCCGGUUUCCUGGUCUACUAUCAGGACCAGUCCAAGUGGAGGCUGGACAUAACCAGAGGCGAUACUUUACAGAGUCGACAAGGAGCUGUUAAACUAAAUAACUGCUCAGCAGAUGUAGCCAAACAAGCUCCUAAAGGAUGCAAGUAUGGUUUCAUAUUGCACGCCCCGGACCCAAGCAACAGUAGACAGUCAUAUUUGAUCAAUGCCACCUCCAAUGAGGACAGAGAUAUGUGGAUAGAGGCUAUUCGACAAGCCACCCCCCACUCCCCUCGACCAGCCAGGAAGGAGCUUCCUAAAGACACACCCAUCAAGGCAGAACCGGUGGAUCGGCCCAAGUACACACAGAGACAGGAGACAGUGGACGUAGCAGCCAAAGUGGCCUCUGAAGCUGCCAGUCAACCUGAUGUGGAAGAUAGUGUGACUAGCAUCGACCACGAGCUCAGAGAAGAUCCCACAAUGAGUGUUCGUAGAGAUACCUCCACUUCAGCUGCUCUCUCCCUCACUUCGGGUGACAAUGAUACCACAGUGGACAGUGUGAUGGAAGAGGAAGAGCCUGUCAUUAGUAUCGAUAGUGCGUUGGGGCCUGCUGAUGAUGAUAAUGCUAGUGAGGCUGAUGUAUUGGACAAACCUGACCUCAAAGAGUUGGAGGAGUUGGACAGUGAGGGAUCAGUGGACAUGGCAGUAGAGGAGACAGUGUCAGAGUCAACCAACAGUGCUGGCGAUAAGGAGGUUACCACAACCAUUGCUGUAGUGUGUAACACAGAGGCGUCCGAGGCGGGAGGCAAUAAACGAGAAGAGGCCUCCGAGGCAGAAGGCAACAAGCGAGGAGAAGAGGCAGCCGAUUCUAAUGUCUCUGUUAUUCAAAAUGGAUUCAGCACAGAGGAUGAACCCCACUCUAUUGUGGAUGAUGCUACCGCAGAGAUGCUAAGUACAGAGGUCAUAAUACCGGCAGCAGAAGAGAGACACAAUUCAUUCACCAUCAACUCGACAGAUCCCGACGGAGAUAGUGAUACUGACAAUGAUGAUGGGGAUGGUAGUUCUUUGGCUUCCUCAGUGCCUAAUGAUUCCCCCACCAAUAGCGCACCACCCACCCCCUCCACACCUUCCACACCCCACACUCCCUCCACACCCGCUAUCACACUAGAUCGAGCUAUAUCUGAAGAGCACAAGAUAGAGGUCAAGGAGAACGGGAUACACUCAGAGUCUAAUGGCGUGGUUGCUAAUGGUGAUAGCCCUAAACUAUCUCCACCCACCCCCAGAAAGAAUGACACUAGGAGACCGUCAGCAGCAUUCAUUCAGAAGGUGGGCUACCUCUACAAACUGGGUGGACAGAGGAAGAACUGGAAGCUGCGUUACUUUGUACUCAACCCUGGAGUCUUUUUCUACUACAAGAACCCCAAGAGCACCAAACCACUGGCAGAGGUCAAACUGAAGAACUCUAAAGUGUACUUCCCUACAGCUGGUGAGCGUAAGACUUCCUACCAGUUUGCCAUCCACACUGAGAGUCAGUGGAACAAGAGGUCAGAAUGGGUCAUUGCUGCUCAGAGUGACAGGGAAAUGAAGGACUGGAUUGAUGCUUUCAAGGCGGCCGGUCAUAAGUCCACACCCUCUCCCUCGAGCAGUCCUGUCGGCAGUGAUGGAGAGAAUUAGGAGUAACACUCUCGAUAGCAUUUUUUUAAUUUGUUCGUUUGUCUUGUAUAUGUAUACAUUUAAGCGUCUGACAACUUUUUGGCACCAUCAAUUUGUAUAGCACAUGUCUGACUCCACCCACCCUCCUUAUUAGCUCUGCCUAUUAUUUAUGUGCACAGCAAAUGUUUGUCGUUUGUCAAUAAUUAUAAUAAUAUAAA